CAAAAAGAACAACAAAAACACGUAAAUGAUUGACGAAGCGACAUCUAUCUUUCAGAGGAGCGAGCAACCCAGAAAGAAACACAGAGAAAGAGGAGAGAGAUUUCUCUCUUCCCUAUUUCGUGGCUUUCUGGGUUAGCAGAUCAUAUAAUUCAUUAUUCAUCCAAUUUCCGCUUAUUUAUCUUUCAAUUCACAACUAUAUUAACACACCCAAUUCCCUUUUUUGUUCAUCAAUUUAUGCACCGACAAAAAUUUCCCAAUUUUUGUAUUCGAAAUUAUUGUACUUUGAGUUCAAUCUGAAUAAAAUUUGGGGAAAACCCAGUUGAAAUUUUUACAAAAAUGGAUGAUUUUGGUGUUUUAGUUGAAGGGUAUGGGAUUAAAUCCCAAGGAAAAUCAGCUCCAAUGGCUGCAUCUAAAACUGCAGCUAAAAAACCCAAUAAUUAUACCUCUGUAAAUCUAGAUCCGACUUUUGGGACCAAACCCUUUUCAAAUUCUACACAUAGUUCAAAUUUAGGAAGUGGGUCUUUUUUCAAUGAUCAAAAUGAUGAUAUUUUUGGUCUUAAUUCUGUUAAUAAACCCAAUAAUUAUGCAAGUUCGGAUGUUUUUGAUGAUGUGUUUCAAAUACCUGCAACCAAUUCUGGUUCUUCCAGUGGAGGUGGGGUUGGAGGGUUUGGUUUCGAUGUUGAAUCCAUGCUCAAAGGCUCAUUGAAUUUGAAUUCGAGCUCGAAUUCGAAGGCUUCGGAUGUUAGUGAUGAUCUAAUUUGGGGGUUUUCUGGGAAUGGGAGCUCUAAAGCCUCUAAUGUGGUGCUUGAAACUGAUGAUUUAUUGUCAUCUGAUCCUGUUGAUGAUUUCUUUGGAAAAUUGGGAAAUUCCGGUCCGGCUCGAAGUGGUUCUGUAAAGACGGGAUCGGACGAUUUGAUACCGGGGUUUGGGAGGAGCAAUGCUGCCAAUGAUAGAGCUCAGGCUGCUUCAACAGAGAAGAGUUCAGGUUCUUCUUCUCUUGGAGAACUUGAGGAUUUUCUUACUGUCGGGACUAAAAAGACUGUGAAGGGGCAUGCAAAUGGAACUUCAGUUAAGAAGGUAGAGAAGAAGUCAGUUAGCAAAAAACCAGAGGCGGCAAACUUUAUUGAUAUAGAGGGAAGCUUACACGGUGAAAGUGCACAUAGCUAUACGGCGAAGAAGGCAAGUGAUCUAAUGUUUCAAGAGGAAGCACAGGAUCUGGAUUCUUUUUUUCGUGUUACAGGCGAGACCAAAAAGACUGUUAAGGGGUAUGCAAACGGAACUUCAGUUAAGAAGGUAGAGAAGAAGUCAGUUAGCAAAAAACCAGAGGAGGCUAACUUUAUCGAUAUAGAAGGAAGCUUACAUGAUGAAAGUGCACAUAACUACAAGGCGGAGAAGGCAAGUGAUCUGAUGUUUCAAGAGGAAGCACAGGAUCUGGAUUCUUUUUUUCGUGCGCACACUAGAAAGAGUGCACCUGUAACUGAAGAUACAUCUAUGAAUACAAAAACCAAUGAAGUACCGGAUCUGUUUUCUGAAACAACUUUUGGAAAAGAGAAAAUAGUACCACAAGGAGGAAUUCCUGAUGACUUAACAUCAAUAUUUGGAGGUGCCCCACCGUCUAGAGUGUUUGAGGAGUGCGACGGAGAAAGUGAUGAAAGAAGAAAAUUAAGAUAUGAGCGUCACCUAAAAUCUACGGCACGUAUGAAACAAGCAUUGGAGGAUUUGAAUCAACGUGAAUAUAAUGCUCAGCAGGAGAAGGAAGAGAGACAUAGGAUUGCUGAAGCUAUGGAAGUGGAAAUGAAACGAUGGGCUACCGGUAAAGAGGGAAAUUUGCGAGCACUUCUGUCAUCUUUGCAACAGGUGCUUGCCCCUGAACUUGGUUGGCGGCCAGUUACUUUAACAGACUUGAUCACUUCGUCUCAAGUUAAAAUUGCAUACAAAAAGGCUGCACUGUGUGUCCAUCCUGAUAAAGUGCAGCAGAAAGGUGCUAGUCUUCAGCAAAAGUAUGUUGCGGAGAAAGCCUUUGAUCUACUGAAGGAAGCUUGGAAUAAGUUCAAUACGGAGGAGCUUCGGUAAUUCCUGUUUCUUAGUUCAGUGCAUCAUGUUUCGUUUCUGUCCUUUGUUGAUCAUGUGUGCCGACCUUUGUAAUCACCCGGAAUUUUAUAUUUGAACAACCAAUAGGAGCUUUUUUCUUUUAGCAUGUAUAUGUGUGUCCGUAUCAAUAUUUUAUUUUUGGCCAGAUCUUGUUCAUUAGUCUUAAAUCAAUGGUAGCGUUUGUUGAUAGUAACAUACUUAGCCAUUUUGUUUUCCUUUUGAAGGGUACAUAAGCUGAAAUUAUUGUACUUGUUAUAUGUUAAUGAAUGAAAGUUCAACUGUUCAAGGUAGUUUAGCUUUCUUA